GAAAUGUUACAAUAACAAUUAAAUGAUUAUUGGUGUAAAUAUGAAGCGGAUUUUCAUGGUGAUUGUUUUACUAGGGGUGUGUUUGCUAAUGCUAGAUUGCGCAUUAUCUCUUGAUACUAUGGAUCCGGAAAUUCGCAUGAGAAAAUUGGAGGAAACCAUGAGAAUGAGACAAUCAGAACUGGAGGAAUCGAUGAGUGACGAAUAUUAGCACUCAACAUGAUGUAUUAGUAAUUGGUCUUUAUUAAAAAUGCAUGUUCACAAUUACAAAAAAUUUUCUUCAUCGCCUAGUCUUGUUAUUUCCUUGUUGGGGCAUCGGGAUCUCAUUGAAUUUUUUCGAUGAGCUUAAUUAAAUUCUGUUAAAUCUUGCCGCCGCCCGCCGUACUUAGAAUUUGGCAGUAUGAAUUGUCUAAGCUCAG